AUGCCGCAAAUCAUACAUUGGAUGUACACUGCGGUAAUAAGACCGAUCAUUACAUACGGAGCAUUAGUCUGGUGGGAAGCCAUGAACAAGGAGGUAAACAAAAAGAGCCUCACCAAGGUACAAAGGCUUGCAGCCCUGGGUAUCACAGGAGUGAGGAAUAAUACAGCACAAGCUGCAUUGGAGGCAAUUUUGAACCUACAACCACUUGAGCUGUACGUUAAAGGCCAAGCAGCAAAAGGAGCCGUAAGGCUCAGGGAGUCAAAUUUCUGGAAGCCGAUCAACUACGGACAUUCAAGAAUACUGGAGGAGAUCGGAAAACUGAACAGUAACAAAGGACUAAACCUGAAUAGUCCAACGGACUACUUAGUUGCCAGGCAUAACUUCGAGGGGUGUGUUAACAUACGCAUCCCCUCUAAGGAGGAAUGGGAGGAUAACUCGGUGAUAAACGAACACGAGACAUCAGUCUACACCGAUGCCUCCAUAACCAAAACGGGUGCAGGCAUUGGAAUCUACUCUGAGGCGCUCAACAUCCAGAAGUCAUACAGACUAAAGAACGGUUGCCACGCCAUACAGGCAGAAAUCUGUGCAAUAAGGGAGGCAGCCAGGCUAAUCUGGGUGAGUGGCAAACCAUUAAGGGAUGUCACAAUCUACUCUGACAGUCAGGCUGCGCUCAGAAGUAUUGCAUCAAAAACAGUGAGAUCAAAGGUAGUGAUGAGUUGCCAAGAAGCGCUGUCCUGGCUCCGCGGCGACGGGGUCGGUCUGCGCUGGGUUCCCGGUCACAAAAAUGUGGUAGGGAACAUAGGUGCGGACAGACUGGCAAAGCUGGGGGCGGGAGGGAACGGCGCGGAGGUAAUGGACUCCCCACUACCACCGAUCAGUUCACUAAAAGAUGCCAUAGAGGAAAUUAUACUGAAGAAACACAGAGAGAUUUGGCAAAACCGGAAUGAUUGCGGGAUAGCCCGAAAUCUCUGGCCUAAGAUAGAUAACAAUAGGACUAGGCAACUAUUGAAACACAAGAAGAACCUGGUUCGCAUAGCAGCAGGAGUCGUCACAGGAAACUGUGCGGUCGGAGUGAACCUCCAGAAAUGGAAAAUCACAGAUGACAGCAGCUGCAGAGAAUGCAACGAGGAAGAAGAAACAAUUGAGCAUCUGAUGUGCUGGUGUCCAGCCCUAGAAAACCGACGCCUCCAGACAAUGGGACAAGAAUUUCUGGAUGGACUGGAAGACGCAGCGGAGAUGGGCAUUGACAAUAUAAUGAGCUUCGCACGGAACUGGAAGUGUUUCAACGCGAGGUGGUAA